GUUGUAAACAGAAAGGCGCGUGUCUUGUUUGUAAACAAAUCUUAAAAAUCUUAAAAUGACAGAUGAUUCAAAUUACAGACAAUACAACAUUCCAAGAUCAGAUGUAGUGCAGUGUGUUGAAUUUUCUCCGUUUGAAUGGUCAUCAAAACUGCUUGCCGUUGCAACCGGUAGCAGAGUUGCAAUUUUCUCUUGCAGAUUUCAGGAAGAAGAUAAUGAAGUGAAUGGGUUUGAAUAUAAUCACAUUAGAGAAUUUAAACUAGAUUGUAAAUCAUCUGCCAUAGCCUGGAGUCCAGGAACCUCUCUCAGUACUCUUCCUAAAGUAAUGUGUUUUAUUGCCGCUGGGGUUGAUUAUAAAUUAAGAUUACUACAGUCUGAUUUAAAAGAUGAUGAUACAGUUUUAGCAUUUGAAGGCCAUUCAUCUUAUGUGAAUUCAGUAACAUUUGAACCAAACCAAGGAGAACAAAUAGCGAGUACUGGUGAUGAUUUAACAUGUCGUAUUUGGAAUAAAGAUGGGGAUAUGUUGACAUUAUUUCAAUUAACAUCACCUGGUAUGUCAGUUUGUUGGCAUAAUGAAGAAGAUAUGAAGAUUUUAGUUGGUCAGAAGAAUGGAGUCAUCAGAAUUUUUAGUUUACAUAAUCAACAACCUAUAAUGAGUUUAAAUUGUGGUCAAACACCAUUAAUGUCUACUGAUUGGUCCAGACAUAAUUGUUUAUUAGUUGGUGCUAUUGCAGGUAGUGACUGGAUGAUGUUUGAUACCUCUUUAUCCAGUCAACCUAUAGAAAAACGUCAAGCUCACAUUGAUGGAGGAAAAAUAUUUCGCUGGUCAAGAUGUCAUGAAAGUUUAUUAGCUACAAUUGGACGACCUGGUAGACAAAUAAAAGUUUUUAACACCAGACAUCAACAGCUCCAUAUAAAUACAUCACUACCAGUAGCUUAUGGACUAACCUGGCAUCUGAACCUUCCUAUUAUUGCUGUAGGUGGAGAUAAAAGAGUUCAUAUAUGGGUUGUAGAGUCAGCUUGAAAACAACCUACAGUUUGAAAAUUGAAUCAUUGUUACAAUAUAGGAAUGUCUGUUUUGAAAAGAGAAUUGAGUUUGAGAUAAUGAAAUAGAUUAAAUUGAAUGUAUGAGUGAUGGAUCUCAAAAAUUAUUCUUUUUAAAAUAUAUACCAGAAAAAUAACUCUAAAAGAUACACAUUUAUUGUUUUGUAUAGUGAGUAAUAUGUAAAAUAAAACUUGAAAGUCAAUAAAUUGAUAAAGU